AUGUCCAACCCGGCCCAACAAGGCGAGGCAAGCAGGUUUGAUCCAGGGCAUCCGGUGCCAAGGAGGGCAGAUUCAAUGCCAAGAAGAGUUUUCGGUGAUGAGGCUCACGUCGAGGCUGUGCCUGGUGCCUUUCCCCUUAUUGAGCGCAAAGUCUUGUGUCUGGUACUGUACUGUACUGUACUGUACGUUGACGUCUUGACUUACACCUUGAAGGCAUGUGUGCCAAGGUAUCAUCAAGGUCAAGUCCAAUUCCAGUCUGGUCUCAAGUGCGGGUGGCACUGGUGCUCACCAGAUGCCCCUCCGCCCCGGAGCAUCUGA